AUGGAGAUGAUUGAAGUGCCUGUUGUGAUUGUGGGUGCAGGUCCUGCUGGAAUAGCAACCGCUGGGUGCCUCAACAGACUCAACAUCGCUAACAUUGUUCUUGAAAGAGAUGAUUGCAAUGCAUCUUUCUUUAGGAAAAGAGCCCAUGAUAAUUUGAAACUCCACUUCGACAAAAAGUUUUGUAGCCUACCCCAUUAUCCAAUUCCCGCUAGCUUACCAAACUUUAUUACUAGGGUUCAGUUCUUGCGUUACAUAGAGUCCUAUGUUGCAUAUUUCAAUGUUAAUAUCAAAUAUAACCGCACCGUGGACUCUGCUAUUCUUUAUGAACGGAGUGACAAAUGGAGGGUCGUUGCAAAGGACACAUCUUCCGGCACCUACGAGACAUAUGUUUCGGAUUUCUUGGUGGUCGCGACCGGUGAAAAUAGUGAAGGGUAUAUCCCUGAGAUUGAGGGGCUUGAGAAGUAUGAAGGGGUUUACAUUCAUUCUAGCAAGUAUUUGAAUGGAAGAGACACUUAUGGAAAGAAUGUUUUGGUUGUUGGAUCUGGUAAUUCUGGAAUGGACAUCGCUAAUGAUCUCUCAAAUUGUGGUGCAUAUACAUCUAUUGUUGUCAGAAGCCCUAUGCAUUUCUUUAGUAAGGAAACGAUGUACGCGGGAAUGUCGAUGCUGAAACACUUUGAGGUAAAAACGGUGGACAAGUUCAUGGUGCUCAUGAGCAAACUAAUGUAUGGAAAUAUGUCUAAGUAUGGUUUGAUUAGACCAAAGGAGGGACCUUUUGCAAUGAAAAUCAAGAAUGGAACUACUCCUAUCAUUGACAUGGGUUGCGUCAAAAAGAUUAAGAAUCGCCAAGUGAAGGUCGUCCCUGCUAUUUUAAACAUUGAGGAAGCUAAAACAGUUCAAUUUACCAAUGGACAACGUGCUCAAUUUGAUAUGAUCAUCUUUGCUACUGGAUACAGAACCAAUGUGCUCACGUGGCUUAAGGAUUAUGAGAUUCUGUUCAAUGAGGAUGGAAUGCCUAAACCAAGCUACCCUAAUCAUUGGGGAGGAGAACAAGGAAUCUACUGUGCUGGUUUUUCAAAAAUGGGAUUAGAAGGAAUUUCUUAUGAUGCCAAGAAUAUAGCAAACCAUAUCCAAUAUUCUAUCAAUUUAAAGGUGUCUUUUAAUCAUUCAUAUUUAUCCAAUGAAAGUUGA